AUGGAGUCUGUCAACGACACACGCUCGCAGUCCUCCCGCGAGCUCCCCGCCAUGUUCCGCCCACCCGUCAAUCGCGCAAUGCGCACGCUCGACCGGUCCUUCUUCCGCAAGACCGUACCACUCGCCGCCGCGAAGGUCUUCAAGGAUAAAGACAUUUCGGUCGUGCGUGCGGCUCUAUUCAAGAGUCAUGAUCUGCUGACUGUACCGCGACUUAGCAAUGUGCGCCAGGUUACGGAUAAGGAUGGGGUUUUUAGGGCGCUUUUGUUGCGGGAAGACAUGAAGGCUGAUGACAAGACUACUUGGUCGCCUAUUAUUACCGAGCUUACGGAGAAGGGAACUGCUGCUGUUACAUCUUAUGAGGUGGAUUUGGAAUAUGACUAUUGGUCCUAUGCCGAUAUUAUCAGUUCUAUUCUACCAGAGGACGACACGCUGGAAAUUCCUCAGGGAUUCACACAAGUGGGGCACGUUGCGCAUCUCAACCUCCGCGAACAAUUCUACCCAUAUAAAUACCUCAUUGCGCAGAUCCUUAAAGACAAGAACUCCAGUAUCCGCACCGUGAUCAACAAGCUCGAAGAUGUUGGCUCGCACAGCGAGUUCCGUACAUUCCCCUUCGAAAUCCUCGCCGGUGAAAACGAUCUGAACGUUAUCCAACAUGAACAAGAUUGUGAAUUCCACUUCGACUAUGCGCGCGUAUACUGGAAUAGCCGUCUCGAAACCGAGCACCGUCGACUAGUCGAGAAGUUCCAGGCCGGCCAAAUGGUCUGCGACGUCAUGGCUGGCGUUGGUCCAUUCGCUGUUCCAGCUGGUAAACGAAAGAUUUUCGUAUGGGCUAAUGACCUGAACCCACACGGUUAUGAAGUGAUGCAAGAUGCCAUUCCGCGAAACAGGGUACAGGACUUUGUCACUGCUUUUAACCAGGACGGUCGGGAAUUUAUCAAAUCCUCCGCGAAGGAUCUUCUCCAAUCGGAACCCGUCACUGUCAACAUCUUUCCUAAGACUAAGCGACGAGGAGACAGCAAGCGCAAAGCUACGGAGCCUCAGAGUUCAGCUCCUGCUGCUCCUCCAGCUCCUCCAGUGCCUAGUGAAACGUAUACCCGUCCGACUAUUUUCGACCACUACGUGAUGAACCUGCCUGCCAAUGCUAUUGAAUUCCUUGACGCUUUCCAGGGUGUCUAUGCGGGACAUGAAUCGCUCUUCGCGCCCUAUACUUCUCAGGCCCUUCCUAUGGUUCACGUUUACUGUUUCUCGGGCCACUCUGAGAACGAGGUAGAUGACCACGUUGAUAUCUGCCAGCGAGUGUCUGAGCGUAUUGGAUAUACUAUUACUCCCGAAGACCGAGCUGGAGGAAGUGGAAACUCUGCUAUCGAGUUGGCUAUUCACAAUGUCCGCCUGGUCAGCCCCAACAAGCAAAUGUUCUGCGCUAGUUUCCGUCUACCGGGAGAAGUUGCCUUCCGAAAAGUAUAG